GCGCGGCGGCGACGGGCGGAGCGGGAACGGGCGGAGCGGGAACGGCAGGAGCGGGAACGGCAGGAGCGGGAAUGCCGGGAACAGGCGGAGCGGGAACGCCGGGAACGGCAGGAACAGGCGGAGCGGGAACGCCGGGAACGGGCGGAACAGGAACGCCGGGAACGGCAGGAACGGGGGGAACGGGCGGAGCGGGAACGGGCGGAGCGGGAACGGCAGGAGCGGGAACAGGCGGAGCGGGAACGGGCGGAACAGGAACGGGCGGAGCGGGAACAGGCGGAGCGGGAACGCCGGGAACGGCAGGAACGGGCGGAGCGGGAACGGGCGGAGCGGGAACGCCGGGAACGGCAGAAACGGGCGGAACGGGAACGCCGGGAACAGGUGGAGCGGGAACAGGCGGAGCGGGAACGGGCGGAGCGGGAAUGCCGGGAACAGGUGGAGCGGGAAUGCUGGGAACAGCAGCAACAGGCGGAACAGGAAUGCUGGGAACGGCAGGAACAGGCGGAGCGGGAACGCCAGGAACGGCAGGAACGGGCGGAGUGGGAACGCCGGGAACAGGUGGAGCGGGAACGGGCGGAGCGGGAACAGGCGGAGCGGGAAUGCUGGGAACAGCAGGAACGGGCGGAGCGGGAAUGCUGGGAACAGGUGGAGCGGGAAUGCCGGGAACAGCAGCAACAGGCGGAACGGGAACGUUGCGAACAGGCGGAACGGGAAUGCCGGGAAUGCCAGGAACAGGCGGAGUGGGAAUGCCGUGAACAGGUGGAGCGGGAAUGCCGGGAACGGCAGCAACAGGCGGAGCAGGAAUGGCAGCAACAGGCGGAGCGGGAACGCCGGAAAAGCCGCAAGCAGGCGGAGCGGGAACGCCGGGAACGGCAGCAACGGGCGGAGCGGGAACGCCGGGAAUGCCAGGAACAGGUGAAGGGGAAACGGGCAGAGCAGGGAGGCCGGGAAUGCCGGGAACAGGCGGAGCGGGAACGGCGGGAACAGGCAGAGCGGGAAUGCCGGGAGCAGCAGAAACGCCGGGAACAGGUGGAGCGGGAACGCCGGGAACAGGCGGAGCGGGAACGGCGGGAACAGGCGGAGCGGGAACGGCGGGAACGUCGGGAACAGCCCCCCCCGGCCGAGGAGCAGCAACAGCCGCCACUG